GAGCGGGGGCGCGCCUGCGUAUUGCGGGCUGCGCGUUGCCCCGGGUAACCGGGGGCGCUGGCGGGGCGGAGAAGUGAUGGUUCAAGAUGGCGCAGGACCUGGACGAGCUGCUGGACGAGGUCGAGUCCAAGUUCUGCCGGGCCGAACCGCCGAGAUCGGGCUCGGCCGAGCGGCCCACGGGCAGUGGCCCCGACAACCGGGACCGGAAGCGGGCCGAGGCCAAGGAGACCAGAUCAACAGAAACAUUUCGAAACAAAGAUGAUCUUGACAGUCUUAUUAAUGAAAUAUUUGAAGAGCCCGACUUUGGAAAAGAAACUUUUAAACUGAAGUCGAAAUGUUCAGGCCACACAGCUGUCCCGGACCCCGUCCAAGGCCUCAGUAAACGCUGCAGCCCCGCCUACCUGGGCGGCUCGGGGUCCCCACGAGGGAUUGGAACCUGCACCUCCCCCAGAGCCUGCGACCACCUGCGCUGUGUGGCCUGUGAUUUCCGGGUCGCCAGCUUCGACGACUACGCCUGGGAUGGGACGUGCGAUUACUUGUUCUUCAGGAACAACAUGCCCGAUGCCCACAAGCUCGCCAGCAAGCUGCUGCGGAAGCCGGGCAGCCGCGCCUACGCCUGCCAGUGCCGCUGGAGGAGCGUGGACGCGCCCACCGCCCUGCACAGCGACCCCGAGCUCCGCUGGGUCUGCGGGAAGCACUGAGCCACCGCCGACUCCCUCCCUCGGCACAGACUCAUGUGGACUUGCGCGGUCCCCGCCGGGCCAACACUCCACGUGGCGACCGCCUGCCGUGGACCCCGUCCCGUCAUCGCUGCCCACGGCGUCACGAGUGGACACGGGCGGCUGGCUGUGGGGCCCAGGCACGAGCUCCCCGUCUCGGGCAGAGCAGGGCAAAGGGCCAGUGAGGGUGCCGACACCCCUCCAGCCUCUUGCCCCUUCACACUUUGGACCGACCGAAGGUGGGUCUGAACCAGCCUGGCCCCCUCCCACUCAUCCCAGACGAGUGCUGCUGCACUGCCGCCUCCUCUCCCCUUCCCCUCCCCUCCCCCUCUCUGCUGCGGCACUAGUGCCAUCUGCUCUUCUCACGGACACCACGCAUGUAUUCAGCCUUGUUUUGAGGCGCUUACAAGGGAAGCCCAGGCCAGUCGGAAAAGGCUGACCCCAGUCUGCCCGGCCUUUCCCGCCAGGAACCGCACCCACGGGCCUGAGCGGCAGACGGGGGUCUCCAGGCAACCUGUGCUCGUGUGGGAGACCCGUGUGGGUGCUCAGAGGCAUCGGGACCCCCCAGGCCAGAGGACACCUACCCCCCCCUCCCCCGAAGCAGCACUUAGGGCCCCGUGGUCUCCUCCCAGCCUGCCCACGCCCACCCCCGUGUCCGGCCCCUGGUUCUAAAGUGUGUCCCCACACACGUCUAGCCAAAGCAGCCCCCACCGGCCCCCAGCCACGGCCAGGCAAGGAGGAAAGGCCAGUCGCUGGGCCUCGUCUCGAGGCCCUUCCUCUGUGCCCAGCGAGCGUCAGGGCGGGUCAGUGGCUGGUGCCCCGGGUUUGUAUGGAGAACAUGUUUACAGGCCAGAGGGAUGGGCCAGGGGCAGGGCAUGCGCCUGGCCCGCGCUGACCCCGGCUCCACAAAGAGCCCCCUUCGCCCCUCCGGGAGUGAUCCCUGAGCACCACCAGGUGUGGCCCCCGAACAGAAGGAAUAUGUUUACAGGCCUCUAAAUAAAAAUGCUUGACUCCAAAACUCUCUCUGG